AACUGACAAGUCGAGUGUGGUGUGGAGACUGUUACGAUUGUUAGGUUAUAAUAGCGUUGUUUUACGUGCGUUGUGUUGUGUGUUUUUAUUAUUAUAAUUUGGUGGUAAAGUUAAUUAUUGUAUAUAAAAUCAUCAGUUAUGGCGGACGAGGAAUAUGAGGCGGAAGAUGCGGGUGCAGAUUAUGAUGAUAUAGCGGAGGAAGACGAUAAUAUUGAGGAGACGGAGGAGCAGGAAGAGGACGGUUAUAAUGUGCAGUGCCUGGCGCCUGGGCAAGCUGGAGGCGGCGUCGAGAAGUCAAAGCGGAUCACUACACGCUAUAUGACUAAAUACGAACGAGCUAGAGUACUUGGCACAAGAGCGCUACAGAUAGCGAUGUGUGCACCUGUUAUGGUGGAGUUAGAAGGAGAGACAGACCCACUGCAGAUUGCUAUGAAAGAGCUGAAACAACGCAAGAUCCCCAUCAUCAUCCGCCGUUACCUACCUGACCAUUCAUAUGAAGACUGGAGUAUAGACGAACUAAUAAUCAUAGAUCAUUAAGUUUAAAAAACCCACAGCCUUAUUCAACUAAACAAAAUACAAAAUAGUGGCCUUGAAACUAUUCAUCAUACAUAUUAUGUAUGUAUCGUACAUAUUUUAAAAAUAGAUCAACAAUAGAUUUUAUUCAGAUUAUGCAAUGUGUUUGUUGGAAGUUAUGAGAUAUUUAAUCAUAGUUCAAUCAAACUAGCUUGUUGUGUUCAGUAUAAUUAUGACGAUCUUCAGUGUAAAGUACACUAAACCUAAUAUAACAUAGAUUUUAAGUAAUAAAUAUUUUAAGUUCCUAA